CCCCGAAUAUGUCAAAGUCUAUGGUCAAAGUGGUUGUCAAUUGACCUGCAGGCUGCAAUUGACAUUCUCUUUUUUCAACCGCAAGAGAAAUGUCGAAUUCUGCCGGUGAUAAUUUAAAACCUCGAGUUGUGGUUUUAGGAGGGUGCGGCUUUAUUGGUCGGAAUCUUGUGGAAUAUUUGAUAAGUAAUGAUCUGGUGAGUGCGCUCCGAGUCGUAGAUAAGACCCCACCACAACUAGCUUUCCUGAAUCCAUCUCACAACAAAGUUUUUGAGGAUCCCCGCGUUGAAUACAAGAGCGCUAACUUAAUAAAUCCUGCAUCAUGUGCAGCGGCCUUGGAAGCAGAUGGGUUGCCUUGGAGCUAUGUGCUAAACUGUGCUGGAGAGACCAGAGUGGGUCAGACGGAGGCAGUCUACUUGGAAGGCAUCUUCACCCUGAGUGUGAAUGUGGCCAAGGAGUGCGCAAAACUUAAAGUGGAUAGACUUGUGGAGAUAUCUAGUGGACAGAUGUACAGCAGUGAUAAGCCUCACAAAGAAGAUGGCCCAGUAGAGCCAUGGACAGUUGAAGGCAGAAUGAAGAGCAAGGUGGAACAGGAGUUGAGGAAAUUGGAGUCAGAGCUCAACUAUACCAUAGUGCGGCCAGCUAUCGUUUAUGGCAUAGGAGACAGAAGGAGUCUUACACCCAGGCUUCUAUAUGGAGCUAUUUACAAGCAUCUUGGUGAAACCAUGAAAUUGCUCUGGACAUCUGAUCUCAAGAUGAACACAAUCCAUGUGGUUGAUGUCUGCCAAGCUAUCUGGACCCUGGCUAUUACUCCGGAGGCUAAUGGUCAGGUGUACAACCUUGUAGAUGAAGCCAACAGUACUCAGGGAAGCCUGGCACAAAUGGUAGCGGCAAUAUUCAAUAUCAAAUAUGAUUAUUAUGGCACUGCUAUCUCAACUUUGGCGAAGAACGAUAUCGGGUCUGUGGCGGAGGAAGCUAAUGAUAAGCAUCUGACAGCGUGGGCCGACAUCUGCCGCACGUACCGGCUACAGCACUCUCCUCUAGAACCCACCACCAAUACUGAACUGCUGCUCAACCAUCAGCUGUGCCUCAACGGAGACAGGCUCCGGGGGCUCUUGACCUUACAAGUGCCCUCACCCACAUCCGAUAAACUGUUGGAGAUACUACAAGAUUUCGCUUCGAUGGAUCUCUUCCCGAAGGAACUGCUGUGACUGCAGUAAUUAUUAAUACAGAUAUAACUAUAAAAUAUAAGAAAUACUUAAUUAAAAAAUAUAAGACCAUUAACAGCUUUGAGCUUUUAUAAUAAGGUAGACGAAAUUUAUAUCAUUUUUGUUAGUGAGAAAGUGGAAUGUACAGAAAACAACUUCGGAUAAAACGUAAGAUGCCACUUGACAGCGAGAAUAACGUGAAAGACCUCAUAUUUUAUUUUAAAGAAACAUUUUUACCCAAAAUCAAGAUUGCUAACAUUUUUGUAUUAAACAUUAAAUAUUUUUAAGUGUAAGUCGGCUUAGCGAAGUUAUAAUCGAUAAUUAUUUAGUUAGCGCGUUACUAAUGUGUCAUAUUAAUAUAAAUAGUGACUCAACUUGGCCAAUAGAGCAACUUUGCGGUAAUGGAACGAAUCUGUACCAUUUCCAAUCGGUACAUGUAUUUAGGCGUAUCACGAAAUCAGUUGUAGGCGAAUGGUGGUCGACUUAAUUAGUAAAAUUUAAUAUCAAAUUAGUAUUUUUUUAAUGAUUAUCACCUGUGCUAUAAAUGGCUGUGCAUCAAUGUAAUAGCAAGUUUUUUGUGACAGCCUUUACAUAUUUUUAGCGACUACAGAGUCAGCAUUGUAAGAAUCUAGAGCCAGAACAAGAGUUGAUGCACUAUAUGACGUAGUAGAUAACUAAGGAUUUGUAUUUAGUGAGUUAAUUACUUACUUUUCUUAGAGUUAUAUACUUACUUCUGAGUUUGUUGCGCCCAAUAUUCUCAGGUCUGAGGCAUUCGUUUUGGAAUGGGUGGUAGUUUUUUACUUUCAAUAAGUGACGUCACAUCGGCUAACACCUCAGCAACAACUUCUAGUAAAUGGCAGCCAAAAAAAAAAUACGAAAGAGCUUUGUGUGCUGCGCGUAUAUUUCGUCUAUCUUAUCGUUUUAAUUUUUAAAUUUUAUGGCGGGUGUGGUUUGCUUUUAGAAGUAGACAAUGCUGCGAGAUAAGAGAGCUUGAGAGCAAGUUAUUUUUCUAAAAUUUUCACAUAUAAUAGACGUUAUAAUUGUUAAAGAUACUGUGAUACUGUAAGUCCAACUAAUUACUAACACCUUUGAGUCGAAGACUGUUGAAGCCAAAAUUAUGUAAAUUGUAUAUAAAUUCCCUAGGGAUUACAAAACUUGAGGGAACUUGAACGAUAAAGUAACACCUACAUAUUAUGCAGUAUACAUACUUUUAUUUUAUAUAAGAACUAGCUGACCCAGCAAACGUUGUAUUGCCGAUAUUAAAAUCGCGAUACAAAAGUAACUGUUGAUGGGUUGAAGUUGUAUGUAUUUAUAAUGCUGACUUAUAAUCAAACAAAUUAAAAAAAAAAUGUCAAAAAAA